GCAUCGGCCGUACUUCUGCACCAUGUCGCCGCCUAGAGCCAUCUCGCUGUGGAUGACGACCUGUCUGAUGCUGUCCACCUGCACCACUGCGAGUCCCAGCUUCGAGGACCUUGGUCGGGCGCAGGACUUGGAGGCCAAGGAUAGCAGCGUGGUGGACACCUCGGCGGGAAUGCUGGACCCAACGCAGGCCAAGCAGAUGAGUUACCAGAGGCCGGCCUUGGGAUACAAGGACUACGAGUACAUCCUCAGUCCCCGACGACUGGGAGGGGAUACUUAUGCGGCGGACAACGAUCUCAGUGCCACCUCCGCCCUCAAGAUUCACGGCGAAGGGAAUUUGGCCUCGCUGAACAGGCCUGUCAAUGGAGUCCCCCCCAAAGGAGUGCCCUGGUAUGGUGACUAUUCGGGAAAACUACUGACCAGUGCGCCCAUGUACCCCUCAAGGUCCUACGAUCCCUAUAUCAGACGAUACGACAGAUUCGAUGAGCAAUACCACCGCAACUACCCGCCGUACUUCGAGGACAUGUACAUGCACCGCCAGCGCUUCGACCCGUACGAUAGCUACAGUCCGCGGAUACCGCAGUACCCGGAUCCGUACGUCAUGUACCCGGACCGCUACACGGACGCGCCCUCCUUGAGGGACUAUCCCAAAAUGCGACGUGGCUAUGUGGACGAGCCCAUCCCACCAAUAGACUCCUACAGCAGCGGCAAGUACGGUCCUUCGAAGCAGGCCGAUCUCGCAUUUCCUCCCCGCAACGAGCGGAUUGUCUACUAUGCCCACCUCCCUGAGAUCGUGAGGACACCAUACGACAGUGCGUCGGAGGAUCGUAACUCAGCUCCCUACAAGCUUAAUAAGCUGAAAAAAAUCAAGUCCAAUCUGCGACCCUUAGCGAAUAAUGCCACCACAUAUAAGAUGACGUUGUAGAGGGGCUAAAUAGGUACUAAGACAUUUUUUUUACCACAUACUCAUUACUCAAAAGCAUUUUUAUAUGCCACCCAUAGAGUUAGGCACCAAGUUCAGCGUUUGGAAUAUUUCAUUGACUUUUACGCAAUCAUAAUAUUAUAUUUAAAAUAAUAAAAAUGAAGAAUAGUUCGGCACAGGCCUUGAAUUCGAAAUUUUAUAAAUACCUUUUCCUAAAAUAAGAUUUUUUUUUCGUUUCAUAGAAUAAAUAUAAGAGCAUUGAU